AUGCCCAUUGGUCGCUAUACUAGAUUGGAUGAGAUUGGCCGGGGAAGCUUUGCCACGGUCUAUCAGGGCGUCCAUACGAAAUCACGCACUUACGUCGCCAUCAAGUCCGUCAAUCUCUCCAAAUUGAACAAGAAGCUAAAGGAGAACCUCUCCUCGGAGAUUCAUAUCCUUAAAGGGCUAUACCACCCACACAUCGUUGCCCUCAUUGACUGUCAUGAGACGACUUCACACAUCCACCUGGUGAUGGAGUACUGUGCUUUGGGAGACUUAUCUCUAUUUAUCAAGCGCCGAGAUACACUAGGGGAUCAUCGGUAUACAAAAGACAUGAUUGCGAAGUACCCGAAUCCCCGUGGCGGUGCACUGAACGAAGUCGUCGUUCGCCAUUUCCUCAAGCAACUGGCCAGCGCCCUCAAGUUUCUCCGUGAUCGAAACUUGAUCCACCGUGACAUCAAACCUCAGAAUCUUCUGCUGUGCCCGUCUCCGUCAUCAUACCGGAGUGGCAAUACUCAGGUAGUUCCGUUCAAAGGUUGCGAGGACUCCUUCAGCCCUGCGACGGGACUGGAAUCUCUACCGAUGCUCAAGAUUGCAGACUUCGGGUUUGCUCGGUCUCUUCCAUCGACAUCGCUUGCGGAAACAUUAUGUGGCUCCCCUCUGUAUAUGGCUCCAGAAAUUCUGCGGUAUGAGAAGUAUGAUGCUAAGGCGGAUCUUUGGUCCGUGGGCACGGUGCUUUACGAGAUGGUGGUGGGCAAACCUCCCUUUCGGGCGACAAAUCACGUUGAGUUGCUCCGAAAAAUUGAAAAAGGAGAGGAUAGGAUCAAGUUUCCAGAGGAGAAUCCUGCCUCUGAUGAAAUCAAAUCACUGAUCCGGAUGCUAUUGAAGAGGAAUCCUGUGGAGCGGAUGAAUUUCUCUGAUUUUUUCGAGUGCGAUACCAUCACAGGGCCUAUCUCCGGGUUAAUAGCUGAUGAUGUGCCGCCAACAUCCCGCCGUUCCUCUAUAGCUGUUGAUACCACAGGACCCGCAUCUCGCCCCCAGUCUCGAACUGGCUCAAGAACUCCCACCGGGGUGAAACGCGAGAAAGAUGCAUCUUAUCCCGGAAGGAGAGAUGACCCAACCUCAUACCCAGUUGCUCAACAGCCUACCGCUCAGAAGUCAGAAACUCCACCAGCUCCCUCAUCUCCCAUGCGUAGGGGGGGAAGUAUGGACAGGCCGGCUACAUCUAAAGAAUCUGCGAGCACUGCCCCUCAAAGACCAAGUGCAGUGUCUCUCGCCACAGCCCCUGGCCGUCAGGAACUCGUGGAUCGAAAUGCUACUGCUGCUGUCAUGGAGCGACAGAGGAGCCGGAAUACGUAUGCGGGGAUUCCACAAGCAGAGAAGCAAGCAGAGAGAACGAAAGAGGAAAGAGAGCGCGCUGCACAAGAGGUUGCGUUUGAGAGAGACUAUGUGGUUGUGGAGAAACGCGCCGUGGAGGUGAAUGCCUUUGCAGAUGAGUUGGCACACAGUCCUCGGAUCCAGGGAGGCUUCCCCAGGAACGCUCACGCUAUAUCUCGUCGGCCAGGUACUCAGGGCGCGUCCGGCCCUACAGCUACGUCGCCCUUGGCCACUACAGGGAAAGCAAUGCAGGUUGCUUCAGGGCGAGCUCGGGCCGAUUCGACACAUGCGCGUCAGAACUCCUACGAGCGCCGAUACGGCCAGAGUCCUACGUCUGCGAUCUCAAAAGCACUUCACAUGGCCAGUGGACGACUAUUUGGAAUGGGCUUCUCCCCCCCUAUGACUAUCACAAAAGGAGGGCGCUCUCCCCCUCUUGGGUACAACCCUUUCCCGGCGUACCCUACCGCCCAGGGUAGCUUGAUGGUCGUUGGGGAUGGAGCUAGGACUAAUGUGACCCUGGAUGAAGAUGCGAAGACCGUUCAAGUGAUUGAGGAAUGUGCCACCCGGAGUGACGUAGUAUAUGGGUUUGCCGAAGUGAAGUACAAGCAACUCAUUCCGCUGGCACCAUCAGUUCAGACGGACCCGUCUGGAAGAGUCAAUGGGCCUGGCGGCGAGCGGGAUCCUACCGACCUGAUGGAUGGUGGGCUUACGGUUGAUGCUGUGGUAACCCUAUCGGAGGAAGCUCUAGUUCUUUACGUCAAAGCACUAUCUUUACUGGCAAAAUCUAUGGAUAUUGCCGGCGCCUGGUGGACUCGGAAGAACCGUGGAGAAGCGUUUGGCGAGUCGGCCAUGGGUAGGACGGAUGCCACAAGCACGCUUGUCAGCAAUCGGAUCAACAACGUCGUACAAUGGGUGCGGAACCGGUUUAACGAGGUGCUAGAGAAAGCAGAGUUUGUCCGUCUCAAGUUAGUCGAGGGACAAAAGCGCUUGCCACCAGAUCACCCCAGUCACCCCAGUAAUCACUCCAUCGGUUCCUCCGUCGGCUCCGGCGCAUCCACAGACGUUGUUGUGAGUUCGGGCGUAACGGCGGAGAAGCUAAUGUAUGAUCGGGCACUAGAGAUGAGUCGGGCAGCGGCUAUUAAUGAACUCACGGGCGAAGACCUAUCGGGGUGUGAAAUAGCGUAUGUCACGGCCAUUCGGAUGUUGGAAGCUGUAUUGGAGGAAGAGGAGGUAUCUCGGUCUGGACCAGACAAAGCCGAUGCCCAGAGAAAUGGCGACAAAGCGGUACUGGAUGGUGUACGGAUUGAGGACCGCCAAGUGGUGAUGAAAUUGGUGUCCAGCAUCAGGGGUCGCUUGGCAUCCCUGCGCAAGAAACUCACCCUGUUGGCAAAACGACAGAGCCCACCUUCGAGUGUUCCUGGCAAAGUGGCCCCAUCCAACUUGGUGGCUGUUUCUCCAGCCGUUGGGACAACCCCCAGAUAG